AAACGUAACGAGUCAUUCUCUCUUAAGACGUGUCGUGAGAAGAGAGAAUUAUACUGUUCGACAUUACGCAGUAAAUAUCACGCACAGUUAAUUAUUCGUUAUGGUCUUGUAUUAUUAUUAGCAUUUGACUGUCUACAGAGUUUUUAUUGUGAGUUAAAUUAAAUCACGGGUAUCACAAUUGCAUAAGCGGCCGGUUAACUACAAUGGCAGGGAUAUUCGAAAUUCUCUGUGCUUGCGUGGUGAUCUUGUAUUUAAUUUAUCGUUAUGUGACCGCUGAUUUUAACUAUUGGACAUCGCGCGGGAUUAAUGGACCGAAACCCGUUCCAUUUUUCGGCAACGUCGCCAAAUUCAUGAUGGGCAAGAAAUGCUUGGGUGACGUGUAUAAAGAAAUUUACGAUCAAUACCCGACAGAAUCCGUAGUGGGAAUAUUUCGAAGAACAAGACCUGUGCUUCUUCUGAGGGAUGCUAAAUACAUCAAACAGGUGUUAAUUAAAGACUUCGCCACCUUUACCGAUCGGAAUGCAUUUGUUUAUGAUAAGGCCGAACCCAUGUCCAUGCACCUCUUCAGGCUCGACGCUGUUAGAUGGCGACCAUUAAGAACGAGGCUCUCGCCCACCUUUACGUCCGGAAAGUUGAAGGACAUGUUUCACUUGUUGCUGAACUGUGCCGACUACUUCGAAAAGUAUCUCGACGAGAAGGUACCUGAAAACGGUGUUGUCGAGUGCAAGGAUCUAACGUCCAAAUUCACCGUUGAUGUGAUCGGAUCGUGUGCCUUCGGUCUCGAAAUGAACGCGCUGAAGGAGGAGAAUAAUGAAUUUCAGAAAAUGGGUCGUUACAUAUUCCGCUCCAGUCCAACAGUUAUACUUAAAAACACGCUUAAAGAAAUCCCGUGGUUCUACAAGAACUUCGGACAUCUCAUUGACGAUCAUGAAAUAACUAAGUUUAUGACGGACAUUACACGAAGCACUAUAGAGUACAGGAAACAGAACAAUAUCCAUCGACACGAUUUCAUCGAUACACUCAUCGAUCUCAAGGAUAAUCCUGACAAGCUGGGAUUUGAUAAUGUAACGGAUGAGUUCAUUGCUGCUCAGGCGUUCGUAUUUUUCGCGGCUGGCUUUGAAACAUCCUCUACUACAAUGUCCCAUGCAAUGUACGAAUUGGCCCUGAAUCAAUCAAUUCAAGAUAAAGUUCGAGAGGAAAUUAAAGAAGUCCUUAACAAUAGUAAUGGAGAAAUAUUAUACGAUGACAUCAAGAAAAUGACCUAUUUGGAAAAGGUCUUUCAAGAAACUCUUAGAAAAUAUCCACCAGUAAUGUAUCUCGUGAGAAAACCUAUAAAAAAUUACACUUUCGAGGGGACUAAAAUCAAUUUACGAAAGGGGCAAGAUGUGAUUAUACCCAUUUAUGCUAUUCAAAAUGAUCCGAAUAUUUAUCCAGAUCCGGAAGUUUUUGAUCCUGAACGAUUUAGCCCAGAAAACAUGGAACAGAGAAAUUCCAUGUAUUAUCUACCUUUCGGAGAUGGUCCAAGAAAUUGUAUCGGGGCAAGGUUCGCCGUUAAUCAGACCAAAGUUGGAUUAAUCAAAGUGCUGAUGAAUUAUAAACUAGAUGUUUGCGAAAAAACUCAGAUUCCAGUUGUUCUUGCUCCAUUAUCCGGUUUAAUGUUUCAAACGACUCACGGCAUAUAUGUAAAAUUGAGCAAAAUCACCUAAGAGGAUCAUUAUACUGUCAUGUAUAUUUGUAUGCAUGUUACACAUAAUUCUGUAUACUUAAUCAAUUAAGUAGUACAAAACGACACGGAAGUGUCAUUUUACUCAUGUUUCAUUAUAAUGUUAUUACUUGCGUUACAUGUUUAAGCUGCAACAUUGUAAAUAUCAAAACAAUAAGACAUUUAUUAAUAAAAGAAUUAAGCGUGCUAACAA